ACUGAUGUUGCUCUUCUCUUACCACCCGUCAGAUUUUUCUUUUUCAUGCGGCCAGCAUCACGAGGCACAGUUUGAAGUACGGUGUGCUAAAAUGUAGAUACAUGUGCUCAAGCAUUUCGUGCCUAGGCGCUGCAUGCAUUUAUAUGCAAUCUGCAAGGAUGGUUAUCUGUCCAGUACAGGCGGAUUUACGACAUGUUUUCAGUCUUUCUCCUCUUUCUGGCGGCCUUGACGCCAGCUGUGACACCGACGUCGGUCACUGAUAUCCGAGGAACGGCCUAUCGCUCGUCUUUGGUCGGCCAAACGGUGAGCGGGCUCACGGGAGUGGUUACUGCAAAGACAUCUUAUGGUUUCUUCUUGAGUGGGGGUCCUGUCAAUGACACUCGUGUCUCUAACGGAAUCUAUGUAUAUGGAUCUUCGGCCGUCAAGCAGGUAGAUGUGGGAGAUAGUGUCUCUCUUAGCGGAAAGGUUGCUGAAUACCGGUCCGGAUCCGCCUACCUUUAUUUGACCGAAAUCAGCUCCCCUUCCAGUAUCGAGGUCCUAUCCAGCAACAACAGUGUCGACCCUAUCGUCAUCGGGGUUGACCGGAUCCCCCCAACCCAGUACUUAUCGUCAUUGGAUGUCGGUGACGACGGAUGGCUCUCAGUUCCCAACAAUCAGAGUCUCCUGUCCACUUCAAAUCCUACUCUCCAGCCUGAUGUGUACGGAAUGGACUUUUGGCAGAGUCUUGAUGGACAACUCGUGCAGAUCAACAGUCCGGUCGCUGUUAAUUUCGAAAAUAGUUACGGAGAAUUCUGGGUGUACGGCGAUUGGAAGGUCACUGGAUUAAAUGGACGCGGGGGAUUGACCAUCACUUUUGGUCCUGAUGGUAUCCCAGAUGCCAAUCCCGAAGUUGUGAUCAUCGGUUCGCCGACUGAUGGAACUAAAAAUCCGUCUGUCGCUUUGGGUGUUAAAUUGAGCGAUAUUGUAGGUGUGGUGACAUACCAAUACGGAUUCUAUUACGUUCUUCCACUUACUGCUCCAACCGUCAUUGCUACACCUGAUUAUGACGUACCUGCGACAACAAUUUCGUCGGAAACAGAUUCUUGCGUUAUUACGUUUGGUGAUUAUAAUGUUGAGAAUAUGGCGCCGACCUCUGAUCACCUGCCUACUGUCGCAAAACAGAUAUCCGACCACCUUUUGAUGCCCGAUAUUUUGUUCCUCCAGGAAAUUCAAGAUAACAGCGGAGCUGUCGACGAUGGCGUCGUUGAUGCUAAUCUGACCCUCUUGACUUUAGCUUCUGCCAUUGCUGAUGCCAGCGGGUUCACUUAUGAGUUCAUCGACAUCAACCCAGAAGAUGGACAGGAUGGCGGACAGCCGGGAGGAAACAUUCGGCAGGCUUAUCUAUACAACGUCGACAAACUAAAACUAGUCUCGGGGAUGCCCGUAGGAACUUCACUGAAGAGUCUGGAGGUUUACGCGGGUUCGGAUGGCCUUCCCACCCUAAGCUUAAAUCCGGGUCGUAUAGAUCCUACGAACGAUGCCUGGGUAGAUUCUCGAAAGCCUCUAGUUGCUGAAUGGGAGACAAGCUCGGGUGCAAAGCUGUUCACCGUUAACGUUCACUUUGCAUCGAAGAGUGGGAGUACUUCUAGCCAGGGAGAUCCUCGGCCGCCAGUGAACUCCCCUAUCGAACAACGAACAAGUCAAGUUCGGGUUACCUCAUCUUUCAUUAAGUCCAUUCUGGAUAUCGACGAAUCCGCCAAUAUUGUGAUUGCAGGUGACUUCAAUGAAUACGUCCAGACUCGUUCUGUGUUCGAGUCCAUUCAAGGGGUUCUAGAAGACAUGGACGAAGUGGCUGGAAUAGCUGACGUCGAGCGAUAUACAUAUGUUUACGAUCAGAACACACAGCAGCUUGAUCACAUCUUUAUCUCUGGCGCUAUCGCAAAACGCGGCGUAGAGGCGGAGCAUAUUCAUGUAAAUAACUGGUCACCCUCUUAUGACGAACGGACCAGUGAUCAUGAUCCCACAGUUGGAAAGAUCCGGUUGUGCUAAAUCGAUACUUGUACCAGGUGUGUGGUGUGAUAUACCGCUUGUAUCGAAUGAAUACAAAUCUGUGAUAUCCAAAGGAAGCAGAGUGUAUGAAUGUAUACCUAAAUCGAAACAACGUAGAGAAUUCAAUGGGCAACACAACGUUCGCCAUGACCUGACAUCACAUGUGCGUCGCAGCGUGAACUGAAGCGUUGUCUUUUUGUCUUUUCAAAA